GUUGUAACCUCCGGAAUGCCUCCUUGAAUUCAGUGGAAACUUUUCGUGGAAGCGAAAUUGGAAUUAAGGAUGGAGGAGAGAUGAGAAAUCGAAUUUGCCACCCACCGUUCUUCUUCAAUCCCGUUGUAGAAGCGUUCCGUCGGCUUCAGCAGCUCCAAUUUUAAAACCGAAAACCGUUAUGACAAAAAAUCUCAGUCCGCUUUGCCAUUACCCGCUAUAAAUGGGCUGCUAUAUCUUAGAGCAUCUUUUUUUACAUAUUCCGCUUUGAGUUUCGUUCUUUCUUUCUUUCUCCUAUUGACUCGGAAAGAUGGCUGUGAUUGGCGCGGCCCCGUGGAGGUUCUGUUCGUUCUCGGAUUCAAAACUUGGAUUUUCGGAUUCCCUGUCGUCGCCGAGCGCCAAGUUUGUGAGGUGGAAUGCGGUUCGGUUUGAUGCAGUGAAGGCGAGAUCGAGGCACGUGACGCCGAUUAAGGCGGUGAAGGCGUUUGUCAGUGGCCAAGCUGAUGGUGCUGGAGGCAAAAAUGGUAUGUCGACAAACAUUGUGUGGCAUGAAUGUUCUGUAGAUAAACUCGAGAGGCAACGGCUACUUCAGCAGAAAGGAUGUGUCAUAUGGAUUACUGGCCUCAGUGGUUCAGGAAAAAGCACUUUGGCUUGUGCCUUGAGUCGAGCCUUGCACUCCAGGGGAAACCUAACUUACGUCCUUGAUGGAGAUAAUGUUCGACAUGGCCUAAACCGUGAUCUUAGUUUUAGAGCAGAAGAUCGUGCUGAAAACAUACGAAGGAUUGGGGAGGUAGCCAAGCUAUUUUCGGACUCGGGUAUUAUUUGCAUUGCUAGUUUGAUAUCUCCAUACAGAAAGGAUCGAGAUGCUUGCCGUGCAAUGUUGUCUGAAGGAAAUUUUAUUGAGGUGUUCAUGGAUAUCCCCCUAGAGGUUUGUGAGGAAAGGGACCCGAAGGGUCUAUACAAGCUUGCACGAGCUGGAAAAAUAAGAGGUUUUACAGGGAUUGAUGAUCCAUAUGAGCCACCAUUGAAUUGUGAGGUAAAAGUCACAUGACGAGAGUCCAUAAGAGAUGGGGCCGGUCAAUUGUAAGAAUGAGGAUGAGCAGUUGCCAGCAAGAAUAUGGAGGUCAGAUCUCCGUUUUUCAAGGAAAUAAAAAGAAACCAAGACUAAACCGAAAGAACAUCAUGUAAAGAGGCUAUUUUGUGACAGACAAGGAAUCUAGGGAUCCUCGACAUGAGACCCUGUCAAAUACCACCAGUUUAUCCUCUUAAAAUUUUGCUCAAAUAUCAGAUUCAUUAGGGUAUAAUAACAAAAAGCCUUUCAGUGGUAAAAUCAGGUUCCAGUUUUCAGAUAUUUCUGGGGCUUAGACUUCACCUCUUACUGAGGUCAAUGGAAAAGAGCUACACUGUUGAAGGCCGUAAUACAUUUCCUUCUAAAACUGGAUGAAAGUAGCCACACCACAAGACAUCUGAAUUCAACCGCUGUGAGUAAUAAUAUCAGAUACAAUAUCCAGAUCUGUUCAGCUAAGGCACAAUGAACAGUAAUCAAAUGAAGGCACUCUUCAUCAACGCCAAAUGCUAAAUCUGGCUAAAGAUUGCCAAAUAACUUGACAAUCGAGCUUAUAAGAAGAGAAGCAAUAAGAUUGAAAAUCAAAGGAAGGCCACACCAAAGUCUCCGAUACGGUGUCUAUGUACGGACAAGAAACAAAACACAAGUGCCAUGGUAACUGACCUUGCUGCAGCACUCACAGUCUCAAAAAUGGUAGAGAACCUCCGCUCCUGCAGAUCCCAAAGUGUGGUCACACACAGACCCAGAGCAUCAACCACCAUAGCCAAUAACACUGCCAUCUUCCACCAAGUCCACCGCCUCCCCCACCAAAAUAUGAAUACCCAAUAUGAAAGCCUCAGAUUCUAAAGCAUACUGCCAGGAGAAUAGGGUUUUUCCUGCCCAGUGCCCCCAAGGAAGUGAGGAAUUCAGUGAGUUAAACUGUUUCUCACUUCUAUC